AUGGUCAAAGUUCUUCUCACCGGCGCCACAGGCAGCAUUGGUGGUGCUGUGCUAGAACAAUGCCUCGCCCAUCCUGAUAUCAGCACUGUGGUUGCAUUUGCGAGACGAAAGCUGCCCGAUAAAUUUACUUCAGAUCCAAAGCUACAUGUCGAAAUAAUGAAGGAUUUCUCAAUUUGGUCAGAAGAGCUCCUUGGUCCUCAUAGAGAUGCUGCGGCGAUGAUCUGGGCUAUGGGGGAUUAUGUAGGAAGUGAAAAUGUCACUCUCCAGUAUCCCCUUGCCUUCCAAAAUGCGUUUAUCAAUAUUCGCACUCAGUCCUCCAGCGGGGAGAAACUCCCGUUUAUCCAUGUUCAUCUUAGUGGGAAAUUGUCGGUGCAGGACCAGUCUCAAAGCCUAUACUUUAUGCAAAACUCAAGGAAACUAAAGGUCUGGAAGACUGUCUACAACUAUGAAGAACGAAAGCUUGCAGAGAGGUACAGGCCUUGGUUUCAUUUGUAUGUUGUACGGCCGGGCGGUGUGCUUCGCGACAAAGGAUGGACUGCAAGUCUACAGGAGCUCGUAAUGGGAAGAUCCUGGAGUGUGCGGGCCAGGGAACUCAGUGCAUACAUGGUUUAUCUUGCACUAGGAGGAGAAGAGUCGGGCGCUGUGAUCAUGAACGAACGGAUCGUCGAGAAGGGCAGAGAGCUGGUGGGACUCUACGCCUGGGCAUAG